UCGACUACUGCAAAGAAGCGGAUCUAUCUAAAUUUCUUCGAUCAUGGCUGCACGGGUAGCCACAUGUCUCCAGGUCAAUGGCGCGACCCAAGCGACAAAGGCACCACGAAAGACUCGCUUGAUUACUGGAUCAACCUCGCCAAACUUGCCGAAGAAGGCAAAAUUAGCUUUAUAUUCUUCGCGGAUGGCUAUACCACCCACGAGGUCUAUGAAGGAACUUCUGAAUCCAUGCUCCGAGCUGGCACCCAAUUCGCGACUAUCGACCUAAUGACCGUCAUCCCCGCAAUGGCAGCCGUCACAAAGACGCUCGGGUUUGGCAUUACGGGUAGCACCAGUUAUCUAACAACAUUCAUUCUGUGGAGGACGUUCAGUUCGCUGGACCAUCUCACCAAGGGCCGUAUUGCGUGGAAUGUGGUGACGAGCUGGAGCAAAAGUACUGCUAAAGCUUUGGGAGCUGAGGAUGUCAUCCCCCAUGAUGAGCGUUACGCCAUGGCACAUGAGUAUAUGGACAUGAUGUACAAGCUCUGGGAAAGUUCGUGGGCAGACGACUCGGUGGUCUGGGACCGCGAGAGACGCGUAGCCUUCGAGCGGAGCAAAGUCAAGCGGAUUGAACAUCAAGGAAAAUACUUCAAAAUGUCCGCCCGCGGUGAUACCCACCCCUCGCCACAACGAACACCAGUCAUCUUCCAAGCUGGCACUUCCACGGCUGGACGCGCCUUUGCUUCCAAGCACGCUGAAGCGAUAUACGUUGGUGGUCUCAUCCCAGCACAGACAAAAGGCAGCAUUGCUGCCAUCCGCACUGCAGCAGCCGAACGAGGCCGCAACCCGGCAUCGCUCAAGUUCUUCGUUGGCAUAUCCCCCAUCCUAGGGGCGACCUUAGAAGAAGCGCAAGCGAAAUACGAGCGAGCGAAAGAAUACGCAGACGUAAUUGGCGGAUUAGCACAGUUCUCGGGAUACACAGGCAUCGACCUCAGCCGCUUCCCAUUAAAUGAUGUGUUUGAGCUUAAAGAUGCCCCUGGAGACGACGCAGUCCACUCGUUCCUCGAAAACUUCAACAAGGUCUCUGGAAAUACUGAGCCAUGGACACCACGGCUACUAGGCGAGAAGAUGGCGCUGGGCGGAUUCCAUCCGGCGCCAGUAGGGACACCAGCGAUGGUUGCGGAUGUAUUCGAGCAGUGGAUUGACGAGGCUGAUGUGGACGGCUUCAACAUCGCGUAUAUCACGACACCGGGUAGCUUCGAGGACAUAGUUUACCUUCUCAGACCAGAGUUGGUGAAGAGGGGGCUUAUGUGGGAGGACUACACAGUCCCAGGUGGUACUCUGAGAGAAAAUCUCACGGGCGUCAAGGGCCAGAAGGGCAUAUCUUCAGAUCACUACGCAGCGAAAUUCAAGUACGGGAGCGGAUUCGAAGGUGAUAGCAUCGAAGCACUAAAAGCGGUGGAGCCCAAGACGAACGGUGUCAAUGGUAAGCUGCCAGUACUGAAUGGCAAACCUCCGGCAACGGUAGCUGAAGAGGAAGUUAAGGCAUAGCGUUUUCCAGUCUGUACUUCUUUUGAUCGCGAAGCACCUCUUCCAGACUAUUUUCCUUGCAUUUUCGGCCGGAUGCUGUGAUCCGACCCGAAGCCCUAUCUAGCGCUCUACAUUUCAUGUACAUAUCUUCUCCAAUGCCA